AUCUGGAUCUGAUGAGCCCAGCUACACCCCUCAAUACACUCCUUCCUACACCCCUGGCAACCAGAACCAUGGGAGCACUCCCGUAUACACAGGCCCUACAAACUCCCCUGGACCCUCCUCUCCUCUCUACUCACCGGGUAAUGCUACUCCAGCUGCUACCUACUCCCCCUCACAGUACUCCCCGGAUACAGUAGGUCCAGGAUACUCCCCCUCAGGACCUGGGUACUCCCCAAGUGCCCCUUAUAGUCCUGCCUACUCCCCCAGUAGUGCUGGAGUACCCAUGAGUAGUCCUCAGAACCACUCACCACACACUCCCUUCUACUCCCCUCACACUCCCUCCUACUCCCCCGGUCCUCAGUACUCCCCUGGACCCCAGUACUCCCCUGGUCCUAUAUAUUCCCCCGGGAAUGCAACCCCCACAGCAAUGGACUCCCCCCGUACACCGGUGUAUUCCCCUUCUAUACAAGGACCUGAAGUGUCUGGGAAUACAACUCCACAUCCUGGUUCUGCUGUAUCCCCUCUUCCCUCCUCACCUAGACCUAGGUAUUCCUGGUCUGGUGGAAAUCCUUCAGGACGGAAUACUCCAGUAGUUCCUGAUCUACUUGCUAAACAUUCAGCAGAGGCUGAGGUUGAGGUGGAUUCCGAGGCCGGACCUUCUCAUCAUAUUCCUGGAGAAUCUUCACCCCCUGAUACUAAUAUCCCGUCUCAUGAGAACCCGUCCACCUCCUCCCCUCCAGGAAGUAGUCCAGCUAACCUGGAGAGUCCUCCGAAGAGUUCCCCGGAGGCUGAGAGUCCGCAAGGUUUGGAGGAUGAAAAUCAGGAUAUAACUGGUUCAAGUGAGAUAGAAAGAUAGAAGAGGCCAGGACGGACCGAUUUUUGAUCAUUAUUCUUGUGUCAUUGUUGAAUUUAUUUUUUACCUGGUUAACGGGGUAUUUUGCAUUUUUGAACCAAUAAAUGAUAUACACAACCCUUA